GCGGCCCAGGCACAGGCACACACCCUCCCACACGCGCGUACUCGGGCAGAGCCGGCGGGCGGGAGGCGGAGGCACCCUCGGAGCCCGGCGCCCGGCGGGGAGGGGGCGUGCGACCGGGGACCGGCCCCGAGGCGCAGGAUGGAGGAGGAGAUGCAGCCGGCGGAGGAGGGGCCCAGCGUCCCCAAAAUCUACAAGCAGCGCAGCCCCUACAGCGUCCUCAAGACGUUCCCCAGCAAGAGACCGGCGCUGGCCAAGCGCUACGACAGACCCACCCUGGUGGAGCUGCCGCACGUCCGGCCGCCGCCGCCGCCCCCGCCGCCUUUCGCGCCGCACGCCGCCGUCUCCAUCAGCAGCAGCGAGCCGCCGCCGCCGCAGCAGUUCCAGGCGCAGAGCACCUACCCCGCCGGGCCCGGCCGGGCAGCCGCCGCCGCGUCGUCGUCGUCUCCAUCGUGCACGCCCGCCGCGUCCCAGGGCCACCUGAGGACUCCGGCGCCGCCGCCGGCGUCCCCCGCCGCCUCAUCAUCCUCGUCCUUCGCCGCCGUCGUCAGGUAUGGCCCGGGCCCGGCGGCCGCCGCGGGCAGCAGCAGCGCGGGCAGCGACGGCGCCAGCCUGGAGCUCAGCGCAGCUUCAUCUUCUAAUAGGAGGAGCCUCACAUACACACGAAUGGAUGCCCCCGUCCAAACUUCCAGGCUCUGGCACCAUGGUCUAUCCUUGGGAGGAUGGCUCAGGGAAGAGUCCAGCACAGGCCCUCGAAGCAGUUUAAAGAGUCGUAUGAUCUUGGAUGCCUUUGCCCAGCAAUGCAGUCGAGUUCUUAGUCUCUUAAAUUGUGGAGGAAAACUACUGGACUCCAACCAUUCUCAAUCCAUGAUUUCUUGUGUCAAGCAGGAAGGCUCGAGUUAUACUGAGAGACAGGAACAGUGUCACGUCGGGAAAGGGGUCCACAGUCAGACGUCAGAUAAUGUAGACAUAGACAUGCAAUAUAUGCAAAGGAAACAACAAACUUCUGCCUUUUUGAGGGUUUUCACUGACUCCCUACAAAAUUACCUGCUCUCGGGGAGCUUUCCAACUCCAAACACCUCAUCAGUCAGUGAGUAUGGCCACCUGGCCGACGUGGAUCCUCUGUCAACCUCCCCCGUGCAUACACUAGGUGGCUGGACCUCCCCGGCGACAUCCGAAUCCCAUGGUCACCCGUCCUCUUCUACACUGCCCGAGGAGGAAGAGGAGGAGGAAGAGGAAGGCUACUGUCCUAGAUGCCAAGAGCUGGAGCAGGAGGUUAUUUCACUGCAACAAGAAAAUGAAGAGCUCAGACGGAAAUUAGAGAGCAUCCCAGUGCCCUGCCAGACCGUUCUGGAUUAUUUGAAGACUGUGCUGCAGCAUCACAACCAGCUCCUGAUCCCCCAGCCAGCCGACCAGCCCGCCGAGGGAAGCAAGCAGCUGUUGAACAACUAUCCUGUCUACAUAACGAGCAAACAGUGGGACGAGGCGGUAAAUUCUUCAAAGAAAGAUGGGAGACGGCUCCUUCGAUACCUCAUCAGAUUUGUUUUCACAACCGAUGAGCUUAAGUACUCAUGCGGCCUUGGGAAAAGGAAAAGGUCAGUGCAGUCAGGAGAGACAGGUCCUGAAAGACGCCCUCUGGAUCCAGUUAAAGUAACAUGCCUCCGAGAAUUCAUUAGGAUGCACUGUACCUCCAACCCCGACUGGUGGAUGCCCUCUGAGGAACAAAUAAACAAAGUGUUCAGCGAUGCUGUGGGUCAUGCCCGGCAGGGGCGGGCAGUAGGGACUUUCCUGCACAACGGUGGCUCGUUUUAUGAAGGGAUCGAUCACCAGGCUUCCCAGGAUGAGGUCUUCAAUAAAAAUUCCCAGGAUGGGUCUGGGGAUUAGUGGACAAAAUCUUUACACUGUAGUAGCUAGUCCUCCGAAGAUUUCCAGUUGUCAAUGUCCUGUUAUCAUCACCUGAGAGUCCAAAGCAUGUCCUCCUGUCAGACUUUCCACAUCCCUAACCUUAACUCUCCUGACCUACUGCCACACUUCCCAAAUAGAAAUCCAUUUUAGGGUUAUUUGGGAAGUCUCUGGAACCUGCAACAGACUUUCGGGAUAUUAUAGAAAGAAACAAACGAGAUUUGGAAUGAUUACUAGCUAGACAGUGGAGGUAAAAAGAAUAGGUGAACUCCUGGUCAGCUGUCUGAAAUCUUCAAGUAAGUGCUGCUUCCUGAGCAGAGCUGGUCCUCACAGAAGAUUGAGUUAGAGUCCCUGCCCAUGAGAGGAGGUAGAGACAUGGAGUUAUUUUAAGGGACAAUGAACAAACAUUCUCUUACUUUAAUUCAAAUUAGUUGUCUAUAGUUUACAAAGACUUGAAUUCAUACUUCUCAGCAAAGACCUAGGUUAGGUGACAUUGUAUGCUGUUUCUACCUUGAUAAAGCCUAUAUUAAAAACAAGCCAGAGAAAAGGCACUGCCAGACAGUGAUUAACUGGAAAUCAGCUGGGUUCUUUUUCAGUUAUUUUAACCCCCUAAAAUUCUACCAUGUUGAUUAGAAAGGCACUACAUGAUCUCUGGGGUUUACAAACAGCAAGCUUUCAUUAUUAUAUGUCAGUCAAGAAACCUCCAGGAUCCAAAACCCCUUCAAAUGCUUAAUUUUGUAGGUUCAUAGACCCACAGUUUCCACAGCCUUAACUCAGGUUCUGUUGACACAUUGCCAGAGUGAUGGGCUGAGCGAUGAGAAUUUCAAUUAGUUGUUUGGUGCACUGAAGAGCAAACAAGUGGUGUGACUGAUGGGACUCACUGAAUUGACCAGAUGUUCUGGAAUUGUAUACACACAGCUUCGAGGCCAUUCUGACAGCUAUGCAAUAGGCUUGUCUGUAAUUUCUCUGAAAUGUGAGGGUCUCUCUGUGCUGAGUUGAUCUUUACAGUUUGCACCAAACUUUUGUUACUUGUUGUCACCGAUGAAAAUGUUUCGUCCCAAUGUUUUGUGCCUCCUUUCCACUCAGUGUUCCCUUGAGCGACAAGCUCUGGCUAAGUUAACACUAAAGCACUCCCACUUGUGUUCCCCUGUUUAAUUUGUUGAGCUCCUUCUGGGAAAUUAGUACUGUCUUUGAGAGCAUUCCUUACCUAUAAAUACUGUGGAGGUGCUAGAAUCUUUCUGAGGGCUUCAUAUUUGGAUGGCAGGAGAGUCUUCCUCCAUCACACAGAUCCGAUGGUUACAUUCUUUGUAGAGUAUAGGGCUACAUGGGCAGAAGUUACUGCAGGUUAUCAAUGUCCUCUACAAACAUGACUAAGGGCUUUGAAAAUGGGUUGGAAAUUCACUGAAAGUUUAUGAGCAUCCAUUUAUAAAGAGGAGGUUUUUGUGACCAUUUUCUGUGAGACAGUAAGUUACCCUUUAUGCUCAGUACUUAGCACCAGCUAUAUGCACGGCCCUGGAAACGGUCCUUCUUUAGCUUUUGUUAUGAUUCUUAGUUUCAUCCAUUAAAAACUUUAGUGUUUAUA